GACUUACUUCCUUCUGAGAGUUGACAGACAUAGGCACAUGAGGAGUGGACAGAAACAGCUCUACGAGUGACCCAGAGGAACGUUAGACUGGCCCAUGUUUCCAUGUGUGGAUUUCUCUGUUGGUUGGCAGAGUUGAGUUAACUACACCUACACUCACCAGGCAUGACCACAAGACUGGAACCCUUUAUCUUCACUGACCCUUCUCUACUACCUCCAUAGGACAGAGAGAAAUAGACGGAGCUAGACAUACAACUCUCCCACUAUCUCUGUCUGCCAGAAGUGCAAUGUGAGUACAGACAACACUAUACAUGGGAAGCCAUCCAGUCAGCUAUCUUGUCUGUUAUCCACUAUCUUGAGUAAAGAGACAUUGGGACCUCCGGACAGCAGCAUGGGACACAAACACCAGCCUCCUUUCACUCUGCCCCACGUACUCAUUUACAUACGCAGGUCACUCAAGGACUACCCCCUGUAAGCCUAGACCCUUAGAUUACAUGGAUAGAGAAGAGCAUUCUGUCCUGUCCACACAGUCACUAUAAACUCCUGUAUCACAGUUGUCUCAGAAACUGUGUGGGAGAGAGACAGAAAGUAGGGGAUAGACCAGAGAGCGAGAUAGAUAGAUAGAUAUAGAGGUAUAGACAGAGGAAGCAUCUUUGAGUCAUGCAGGGUCGUGUGUGUCAGCUGUUGCUGGUGAAUGCUUUGACCUGUGGUCUGGAGGUGUGUAUGGCUGCAGGGACCUUCUACAUCCCCCCUCUACUGCUGCAGGCCGGCAUGGAGGAACGCUACAUGACCAUGGUGCUGGGAGUGGGUCCAGUUCUGGGUUUGAUCUUCGUGCCCAUGAUCGGUUUGUAUAGUGACUCGUGGCGUGGACGUUUCGGUCGGCGGCGGCCAUUCAUCUGGCUCCUUUGUGUGGGGAUUCUGCUGGGCCUGCAGGUGAUGCCCCAGGCCUCUCACCUAGCUGCCUUGCUCUACCCACAGCACCCCCGCUGGCUGGAGAGGGUCCUGCUGGCGGGGUCAGCCUGUCUGCUGGAGUUCUCUGGGCAGGCCUGUUUCACUCCGCUGGAAGCUCUGAUCUCAGACCAGUUCCCAGGAGAGGAGGAGAGCAGAAGGGCCUUCUCUGUCUACUCACUGAUGAUCAGCCUGGGAGGAUGCCUGGGGUACCUGCUGCCAGCCCUGGACUGGAGCCAUGCCCCGACAGCAGCCUACCUGGGCGGCCAGGAGGCCUUCAUCUAUGCCCUGCUCACCCUCAUCUUCCUCACCUGCCUCCUCAGCACAGUCUUCAUCUCAGAGGAAAGAUACACCAGAGGGGGAGAGACAACUAGGAAGGAUCUUAGUGUUAGCUCCGCCCUGAGCCGAUACUGUGCACACUCCUUGCUGCCGCGGCCUCAGUGUGUGCGGCUGGCGGUGGGGCGGAGUGUGUCGCUGUGUGUGUCGGCGCUGCCACGCAUGUACAGUGUGUGUAUGCACGUGCCGGCAGUCAUACGCAGGCUGUUUGUAGCCGAACUGUUCAGCUGGAUGGCUCUGAUGAGCUUCAUGCUGUUCUACACAGACUUUAUGGGAGUGGGGCUGUACCGGGGAGUACCCAACGCUACACCUGGAACACAGGAGAGACUACGAUACGAUGAAGGUGUGCGCAUGGCGAGUGUGGGUCUAUUCCUGCAGUGCCUGACCUCAGUGGUCUGCUCCAUCCUGAUGGAGCGUUGGAUAGUGUUGCUAGGCACCCGGGCUGUGUAUGUUAGCAGUGUGGUCCUGUUAGCGUUAGCUACAGCUGUGAUGAGUUUCUCAAAGAGUGUAGUGAUGAUCACUGUCAUGGCCGCAGCUACUGGAUAUACCUUCUGUGUGCUGCAGGUCCUGCCCUACACCCUGCUGUGUCUGUAUCACUCUGACAGACAGGUCUUCUUCUCCAGUUCCAAAUCCAGACCUUCUCACCCAGGAGAUAGUGAUGACCACAUCCCCUCCAAGCCCCUUGUUCCCCCUGACUCCGUCCACAUCCAUGGCAACAGGUAUCCAGAGGGGGUCAAUCUCCCCGGGGCUCCCCUUUGCUCUUCCUCCUCCACCUCCCCCCACGUGUCCCUUCCCCUGGAGAGAGGAGAGCCCAUACCCCUGCCCUCUCCCCUGGAGAGAGAAGGAGAGCCCAUACCCCUGCCUCAGAGAGGGAUGUGUCUAGACAUGGCUAUCCUAGACAGUGCCUACCUGCUUUCACAGGUGCUGCCUGCUCUGUGUCUGGGCUCCAUAGUGCAGCAGUCUCACAGUGUCAGUGCCUAUAUGGCCUCAGCCUGCUCCCUCAGCAUCAUGGCCAUGCUCUGCUCCACCCGUGUCGUCUUCACACGCAGUGACCUCCACAAGCUCACAGGGUCAAAGGACAGCGCUCCAACACUGACGGGGCUAAACAGUUAACCCAUUGUGGAUGUAUCUGUGUUGUGGAAUUACAGAUUUCUAUUGGAUUUUGUCUGACCAUUAUCAUCGAAUGGAAUCCGGAAUCCUGUAGAAUCCGGUAUGGAAUCCUGUAGAUUGCAAAAUAUGCCAUCUGACUCCUCAAAUGCAUCAGGGGUUAAAGAACCAAGGGUGGAUGAUUGCAGUCCUGAUAUCAGCACCUCUAAGACUGCCUGAAAGGACAGGUACUUCUUGUUUAGUGUGCUGGCACAACCAAGAGAGUAGGUCAAUCCUGGGAAACACUGUAAUGGACAGUAAAAUAGUUUCCCUUCCUAGAUUGGUCACCAUAUAUGCUGGUCAAGGAUGCUUCAAAAUAUCAGGGGGAAUACUGAGACAGGCUACUGUUCCUCUGACACAAUAAAGGAGGAUAAAUUGAUACUGCUUAUUGCCAUGUCUGAAAUGUAUUAUGUUUGCUAUUGGUUACUGCAAUCUAACAUGUUUCAAAGUACACUUUUUCACUGCUAUAACUAAAAUAUUGCAUGAUUGCUAUCUAAGGCCAUGAAAGUAUUCUGAAGUCUGUUGUGCAUUUGUGUACAGUAAGUUUACUAGAUGUAUAUAUGGAUGUAUGUAUUUAUGUGAUGUGAGCCCCAGGGCCAGAGGGAAAGUUGGGGUAUGACUCCCACUCUGCUAUUUGCAUUGGGGUUGAGGGGUAAGGAGGAGAGGUGAUGUGUUUUUGUGUGUGUUUUCCCCCCCAUGUUUCCAUGGUAAUGAUAAAUCCUGGUGUGUUUGGGGGGGGGGGGGGGGUCAGGGAACUCCUCUCAGUGUGUCUGAUCCAAUGACGUAUAUAAAUCCUCGACUGACGAUGCUAUGUAUUGGCAAUUGAUAGGCUUUGAAGCCAGUAGGCCAUAUUGGCAUUCCCCAGUAGGAGCAGUCCUCCAUAGAGUUGAAUGGAAUUCUACAGUAUUUCAAUUAAAUGUUUCAAGGACAAAAUUACAUUACAUUUAAGUAUUUUUUGGGGGGGGGCAGUAAUAUUAGUACCAAAAAAAAAACUUUACGGUAAAUGUUUUAUAUAUUUUUUCAUUUUUUAUCUUUGUUUAGCGCACAUAAUAUAUUUAAAAGUAUGCAUUCAGGUGUCUGUAAUAGAAUAAACAUGUCAAUUGAGGAGUGCCA